AUGGAAUUGUACGGUGUGAAGGUUGUCGAGAGAGCGAAUACUGCUUUGCAAGGAUCUCCUCAGACUCAGAGUAUUGCUAAAAUAACGAUAGAAAGCAUCAAUUUGAAAGUGCCACAUCUCACACCCAACGAUGACAUAAAGUUGCAGUUGUUGACACGUAUCAAAGCAGAUGAGUCUAUGAUGAUACCGUUUCGCCGAUGGGAAUUGCACGAGCUACCAGCACUCACACAAGGAUCUACCAUAGAAAUCUGGUCCGUAAAGACAUGUUCUGCAUUGGACAGUCCAAGAUAUGUUAUAGUAUUUUUCCAAACGAAAAAAGCCGAUAAUUUGCAUGAAGACGUCACCUUGUUCGAUAAUGCCAACAUCAAAUCCAUACGAUUGGCUCUGAAUAGCGACUAUUAUCCGCAAGAACGAAUGCUAUUGGACUUUUCCCGAGACCAAUAUGCCGACGCCCACUUCAACUAUACAGAGUUCAACAAGAGCUACCAUAACAGUCAAGAAAAGCGCUCUCUAGUAAACUUUGCCGAAUUCAAAUCCCGACCAAUGUUUGUUAUCGAUUGCUCGAGGCGCCAUCUAGGCAUGAAGUCGUCAACAGUUGACAUAAAGUUUGUAAUCAGCAUCCACAGCAUCAGUAUCAUCAGCAUCGGCAGCAUCAGCAUCAGCAGCAUUAGUAUCAUCAGCAGAAACAGCGUCAUCAAUCAGUCACUAGUUGAGUCAAAUUGA